UCAGGUGAAAAAUUAUUCUAUAUUUUCUUUUCUUUUUUUGUAAGUUUCACCAUCUCCAAAAUCUCUCUCUCUCUCUCUCUCUCUCCUUCUAGAAUCUACAGCUCAUCGCCUCCGACCUCAGAUCCCUAUCUACUAGAGCUAAUCUUAUUGGAGAGAUGAAUCUGGAUUGAUGAGCAAUAAUAAUAAUAAUAAUAAUGCAGAGGUCACGAAGAGCUCUUCUGCAGAGAAGAGCAGCUGCAGCUUCUGCAUUAGAGAAGAGCGGGAGCUUGGGCAGCAAACGUCUGUCCUACAAAGUCUCUCUGUCUCUAUCACUUGUUCUGUUCUUAUGGGGCAUCAUAUUUCUGCUCAGCUUCUUGAUUAGCCAUGGCAAUGGCUACCGAGAUGAACUGAAUGCUGAGGCUGGUGAACCUAACUUGCAUGAAGCUGAAUCACACCCAAUUAAAUUAUCCCACUCUGGAGAGCCUUUGCCAACAUGCAACAUAAUUUCUAGCCACAUUGAUCGGAAUACUCCUGUUUCAGAAGAGGAGAUUGUUGGUCAUAGCAUGGAAAAUUUUAUACCAGAAGAUAAUAAAGCAAGUGCAACAGCUUCUAUGAAAAAUCAAGCAACUAAAGGACUUCCCGAUUCUAGAACCAUUCAAGAAAGGGAAACCCCUACAAAAAGUGAAAGGUUGUCUCGUGUUGCUCCAGGCCUUGAUGAGUUUAAAAGCAGAGCAAUUGCUGCUAAAGAAAAGCCCCUGUCUAGCCAAACGGAUACUGUCAUUCAUAGACUAGAGCCUGAUGGGAAAGAAUAUAAUUACGCAUCUGCUAAAAGAGGUGCUAAGGUUCUAGAUUCGAACAAGGAAGCUAAGGGUGCUUCUAACAUCUUAGAUAAAGAUAAGGAUAAGUAUCUUCGAAAUCCGUGCUCAGUAGAAGAGAAGUAUGUUGUUAUAGAACUUUCAGAAGAAACCUUAGUGGAUACGAUCGAGAUCGGUAGCUUCGAACACUACUCUUCCAAACUCAAGGAUUUUGAACUGUACAGCAGUAUGGUUUAUCCGUCAGACAAUUGGGUUAAACUUGGAAAUUUCACAGCUCAAAAUGUCAAGCAUAAACAGAGGUUUGCUCUUUCAGAGCCUAAAUGGGCAAGAUAUCUGAAGCUUAAUAUGCUGAGCCAUUAUGGUUCGGAGUUCUAUUGUACAUUGAGUGUGGUAGAAGUAUAUGGAGUGGAUGCUGUUGAGAGGAUGCUUGAGGAUUUGAUCUCAGUUGAGAGUAGACGGUCAGAAGCUGAUGAGAAAAACAACGAGCGGAUGUCACAGCAAGAACCUAAUCAUGGAGAUGAUCUGUAUAAGGAGUUUUUAACUGAAAUAAGUGAUGAGUCUCCACAUGAAAGCCCGAAGCUGAAAAAGGAGGCCCCAAAAAGCAGUGUGCCUGAUCCCGUUCUGGAAACUAGACCGACACAGGUUGGAAGAAUGCCUGGGGAUACAGUUCUAAAAAUUUUACUGCAGAAGGUGCAGUCCCUUGACAUGAAUUUCUCUGUUCUUGAGAGAUACCUGGAGGAACUGAAUAGUAGAUAUUCACACAUCUUCAGAGAUUUCGAUGAUGAUAUCUAUAAAAAUGAUAUGCUCUUAGAAAAAAUCAAGUUAGAAAUAAAGGAUCUUCAGAACAGAGAAAACAUCUUUGCUAAAGAAAUUGGAGAAUUGCACUCAUGGAAAUCUCUGGUUUCCUCACAGUUGGAGCAAUUAGCCAAGGAGAACACAGUGCUCAGAUCAGAGUUUGAAAGAGUUCGAGAUUAUCAGGUUGAAACUGAAAACAAGGGUCUCGUGGUGAUAUUUAUGAGUUUUGUAUUCGGAUGUUUAGCAGCUGCUAAGUUGUUCAUAGAUAUAUUCUUGAGCAUUUUUACACCACAAAGUUCUAUAAAAUUUUGUUGGACAAGCUCUGCCUGGUUUUUCCUGCUGCUGAGCAGUAGCAUUAUGGCCUUAAUUCUUGUUGUAUAAUAGCUUUGAUAUAUGAGUUUCUUGUACCAGCGGCAUGACUUUACCUAUGAGAAAUAUACAAUUGAGUAUUGAGUAUCUA